AUGGACCACCUACCCUUCCCUCAAGGCGCCCAACCGCCCAAGGUGCCCUAUGUAGGCACCGACUUUGUUGAUGAUGGCGAGUUCUCGAGGUAUCCUCGACGACAAGGAAUGGAGACGGACCUGCGCACAUGGACCUUUACGCGACUGCCCCCGGAGAACUACCAGGCAUUUUUCCAGACCUGGCUCUACUUCGGGUGCCUAAGCAAAGUGUUCCAGAUAGUCGGCCUGCCUAUCAACGCGGGGGAGUUUAUAAACCGCAAAGAGGGUAUCAUUCUAGGCGCCAUCAGAGAGGUCCUAGACAUAAUGCGAAACACGCUCCGCGGCCCUUUGCAGGCGUUUCGACAUUUUCUCGCCGAGCAGCAUCCAGACGGCCCCGUGACAGCUUCCUGGCCGAACAUCGCACUAUCCAUCGGGGCGCUAGGGUAUACCAUCCGGCGCGUCUCGGACGACCUAUACGCUCCAGCGAGGAUGGAGCGCUCGCAUUGGUGUAAGGCCUUGAUCACUAAGAUGCUUAAAGGGGUAGAAGUCGACUUUCUCGUCUUUGUCGGCUCGAUACCCUUUCCUCGCGCCUUCGAGAACCAUAAAGAGUGCGAGACGACCGUCUGUCGCGGUAGGAUUGCCGAUAGCGCCCAAUACCAAGUCGCCCACGCGUCGGAGCCCUGCGCAUGGUCGGACCACGAGGGUUUGCAGGUAGUUCAAUACCGGGAGAAUAUGCCCUUUGUCGCUAUCUCGCACGUAUGGUCCGACGGCAAAGGAAACCCGGACCGCAACGCGCUUCCUCGAUGCCAGCUGCAACACAUCCAAGCCAAAGUAACGGAGCUCUACUCGCCGGUUGGGUUCUGGAUGGACACGUUGUGCGUGCCGGUGGCGGAGGAGCAUAAGGACCUACGUAGCAAGGCCAUCAAGCAGAUGCGGGCAAUCUACGAGGCGGCAGACCGGGUUCUCGUGCUUGACAACCGCGUCGAGCAGCUCGCCGUGUCAAGUAGCAUCUGCGACCGUGCGGCCCGGCUUGUCGUGUCUAACUGGCAGGGCCGCCUCUGGACGCUACAGGAGGGCAUUAUGGCGCAGCAGCUCUUCUUCCAAUUUAGUGAUGGGGCCUUGGCCCUGCCCGAGCUGGAGGAGGAGGAGAUUCGCCAGCGGGACAAGAGCCGGCCUAGCCCCGGCUUCUGGCACCGUGUCAGCCACGGCCUGCUCACGCUGUUGUCCAUUGGUCUCAUCUUUGGAAGCGAGGCCGAUGUCCCUGGCGUCGAUGGACUAUUCGAGGCGCUGAUGCCGGUUGCCAAGAACCGGCUGACAACCAACCUCGAUGACGAGACGGUCUGCCUGGCCACCCUGUUGCGCCUAGAUCCCGGGCCGCUCUUGGGAAUUAAGAGGCUCCUUGUGGGAUAUCCUGGGAUUAUGCUGCACUCUCUCGACCCCUCCUUGAUCCGGGCUGGCCGGUUCUACGUGCGAGAGAAGGCGCAAAAGUGGUUUCAGUAUCGCGUAUCGUUGAUUGCGAGGCCGGAAGACACGGCUCAGCUCGACAAGCUCGGCGAUGAGGGAAACCGACAGGCCCUUGUGAUGAUAGCUGCCCCCGGUGACGAGCGUGACGGGCCGCUCGCGGCUGUCUUUGGCGACUUGAGAGGAGUGAGCAGCGACGGAGUCAGGCAGCUUCGCCAUCUGUGUCUAGCCAAGGUCGAAGAGGAUGAUGAGGCGGAGGAAGAGCGGAACAAUGCGAACGGCACGUGCUUUGGAGGUGGCGAGAAUGAUGAAGACGAUGAAGAGGAAGAGGAAGACGAGGAAGACCGGGACGAUGGCUCCGACGAGGAAGAAGUCGACUACCACGGUGCGGAGGAUGAUGCCGAGGAGGAUGAUCAGAACGGCGACAACAGUGACUGGGCGGAUACGAACUCGGACUCGGACUCGGAGCAGAUGUACAAGGGCGCGGAGCCCGAGGAGGGAGAGGAUGCAGUUGGUCACGGCGGUCAAGACGGCGCCAAGGUAUGUGAGGACACGGACUCGGACGACGAGUCCCUUCUCGACAGUGAUGCGGAUGGAGAAGACGACAGGUACGCCGCCCUGUUGAGAAGCAACUCCAAGAGAGUGGGGUUGAAUGGGAGGGAUCGAGAACAGCCGCGUCAGGAGCAGGUGGUCUUUGGCAAGGUGCUGUUUUCCAAGAACAACAAAUGGUGUAUCAUAUAG